AUGCACAAAUGUGGGAGCAGCACGAUUUUGAAUAUAUUACUCAGAUAUGCCGAUAAGUACAAUUUAACGGUUGCUAUGCCACCUAAAGGAAACUAUCUAGGGUGGCCACAUCACUUUAAAAAGGAAAUGGUAAUUCAAGUACCUUGGAAUGAGUAUAAUAUUUUUACACACCAUUCACGAUUUGAGUACGAAUCUAUUAAAGCAAUGAUGCCUAAUGACACAGUAUUUGUGGCAGCACUCCGUGAACCGGUCACCAUGUUUGAAUCUGUCUUCACAUACUAUAAUCUUGGUACACAAUUUGGAUUAAAUGGUUCAGACAGUCUAGAUAGAUUCAUUUCUAAUCCACACACAUACCAUAAAACAACGAACGCUCGUGCGUGGAAUCCUAUGUUGUUUGAUCUUGGUAUAUCGUCUAUGCUGAUGAAAAAUACGACGUUUAUUGAAAGCCAAAUUGACUGGCUCACUAAUGUAUUUGAUCUUGUCCUAAUAUCCGAAUAUAUGGACGAGUCGUUAAUUUUAUUGAAAGAUUUGAUGUGUUGGGAUAUAGACGAUAUUGUUGCCUUAUCUAUGAACGCACGAGUUGAAGACUCGAAGCGGAACAUAUCUGAAGAUAUCGCUGAAAAGAUACGUCAGUGGAAUUCAGGGGACGUUUCUCUGUACAGAACUUUCAAUCAAACAUUCUGGAAGCGAAUCGAAGACUUUGGUUCUGCUCGUCUACAAAUUGAACUUGAUAAAUUAAAAGUUCGACGCCAGGAAUUAUUCGAUGAAUGCAUCGAUAACGUUGUAAGCAACGAUUCCAGGGUCUGGCAUCCCUCACAUGUUAAUGUGAAAAGCUUUAGAUUGAAACCAGGUGCUACGAUUAAUACAAUAUGUCUUGGUUUAACGCGAACUGAAUUGCCAUUCACAAUUUAUAUGAGAGAUAACUUGUUGACACGAAUACGUACAUUUAAUUCUGAUAAUUUAAAUCUUAUCAAUGACUAA